GCGCACGCAGAGUGGCAAAGGGAGGCUGCGCGGACCGGAGUGAGCCGGAGGCAUGGGCCAGGUGGCCUGGAAGGGGUUCGUCCUGUCUCUGUUCGACUACAAGACCGCAAAAUUCGUGGUGGCCAAGAGCAAGAAGGUGGGGCUGCUCUACCGGGUGCUGCAGCUCACCAUCCUGUUGUACUUGCUCAUAUGGGUGUUUCUGAUAAAGAAGAGUUAUCAGGACAUUGACACUUCCCUGCAGAGUGCUGUGGUAACCAAAGUCAAGGGAGUGGCCUACACCAAUACCACGAUGCUUGGGGAACGGCUCUGGGAUGUAGCUGACUUUGUCAUUCCAUCUCAGGGGGAGAACGUUUUCUUCGUGGUCACCAACCUGAUCGUGACUCCUAACCAGCGGCAAGGCAUCUGUGCUGAGCGGAAAGGCAUCCCUGACGGCGAGUGUUCUGAGGACUUGGACUGCCAUCCUGGGAAGCCUGUUGUAGCUGGACAUGGACUGAAAACCGGACGCUGUCUCCGGGUGGGGAACUCUACCAGGGGCACCUGCGAGAUCUUCGCUUGGUGCCCAGUGGAGACAAUGUCUACGCCAAUGGACCCCCUUCUGAAGGAUGCCGAAGGAUUCACCAUUUUCAUAAAGAACUUCAUUCGCUUCCCCAAGUUCAACUUCUCCAAAGCCAAUGUGCUAGAAACAGACAACAAACACUUCCUGAAAACCUGUCACUUCAGCCCCAAGAAUCUCUACUGUCCCAUCUUCCGACUGGGGUCCAUUGUCCGCUGGGCAGGGGCUGACUUCCAGGACAUUGCCCUGAAGGGUGGUGUGAUAGGAAUCCACAUCGAAUGGAACUGUGACCUUGAUAAAGCUGCCUCUAAAUGCAACCCACACUAUUAUUUCAACCGUCUGGACAACAAACACACAAAAUCCAUCUCCUCUGGGUAUAACUUCAGGUUUGCCAGGUAUUACCGUGACCCUCAUGGAGUGGAGUUCCGAGACCUGGUGAAAGCCUAUGGCAUCCGCUUUGAUGUGAUCGUUAACGGUAAGGCAGGAAAAUUCAGCAUCAUCCCCACGGUCAUCAACAUAGGGUCUGGGCUGGCGCUCAUGGGUGCUGGGGCUUUCUUCUGUGACCUGGUACUCAUCUACCUCAUCAGAAAGAGCGAGUUUUACCGAGAUAAGAAGUUUGAGAAAGUGAGGGGUCAGAAGGAGGAAGCCAAUGCUGAGGUUGAGGCCAACGAGAUGGAGCAGGAGCUUGAGGUUCAGCAGGAUGAGCAGCCCCAAGAGCUGACCCACAGUGGCAGGAAGCAGAAUUGCAACUGUCAGGAGCUCUUAGAGCCCUCCAGAAAGGCCAUGGCUGCCAGAGUUCCUGACUGCCCUCUUCUUGCUUCUGUGUGCCCUCCCCCAAGGUCUGGCCGCCAGGAGGAUGCCAUUGUGUAUGUGAAGCAGCCACACAUCUUGCAAACAGUGAAGACAUAGCGAGAGCUCUUGGCAGAGAACACAGU